UCAGUCAUUGGUCAUUGUCAAAUGAUUGUCAAACAAACGUGUCCUCAGCUGAAGGCAGUGCGUGUAUAUUCAGUGAUUUCGAAUUUUACAUUCUAUAUAAGUGAAUCCACUGACCAGUAUAAAGUAUAAGCUUGAGCAGGCUCAACCUGUACAUUAUUUUAAAGGUGUAAUCAUUUCGUCCAAACAGAAAAUGGAGUUAAACUUUUCGUUCCUUACCGGGUUGGGUUGCGGCAUCUGCAUCGGCAUUUCAUUAUUAGCCCUAAAAAGAUAUUUUGGAGCCGCUGCUGAAGCUACAAAGGCUGUAAGGAAGUUUGCAUCAGACUCAGAAUACAAACUAGUGCUAGUUGUAAGGACAGAUCUAAACAUGAGCAAAGGCAAGAUUGCAGCUCAGUGCAGUCACGCUGCCGUUGGUGCCUUUGAAAAAGCACAAAAGAAAGAUCCAGAAGGAUUAAAAGUAUGGCAACAUACCGGCCAAGCAAAAGUAGCUCUUAAGACUGACUCCUUAGAUGAAGUAAAACAGAUUUGCGACAAUGCCAAAAAGAUGGGACUGAUUACUUCUUUGAUUAGAGACGCUGGCAGGACACAGAUUGCUCCGAACUCCAUCACAGUCCUCGGUGUUGGACCAGCCCCCAAAGAUAUCAUUGACAAAGUGACUGGACAUUUGAAGUUAUUGUAAUUAUAGGAUAUUGUUGUGCAAUCUUAUGCUGUUUACAGUUUUGUAAGAACAUGGUUACUGAACUUUUUUACAACUAAUUUGUCAAUCUGAUCAUAAUAAUUGGUACUAUUUUAUUGCUAUAUUUAACUGAUAUUGAAUUGUAAUGUAGAUUUUGCACUCAGUAAUGUAAAAUUAAGCAAUAGUAAAGGCACAGGUAGUAGAAUUUAGUGAUGUGCUAUUGUAUUCUCUAGAGAUCAACAAGUACAAGUUAUCAAAUGUUAAUUUUCUUCAACUUCUUUGUGAUAUGUCUCUAAUAUCUUGUAUUUUACUAUUAUAUCAUCUUUUUAAAUGUGACAAAGCCAAGUGGAUAUUUAAUCUUACAAUAAAUAAAAAGUAAGGAACUGAA